AUGCUGUUCCUGGGUAUGCACCGAGUUGGUGUCAUAGCUAAUCAGUUUCUCUACUGGAACGCUUUGACGCCAUGUACAAGCUUGAAGUCUCUACAUCGUGGGAUUCACCAAUUUGGAGGAACCAUCAUCAACCCCAUUAUCUCAGUUUUUUUAGAGAAGGGUUUCUCGGAGAUCACCAAUGAGACUGUUGGAAAAUCACUACAUGCUUUUUGUAUAAAGAAUUACCUCCGUCUAAGCAUAUUCCAUACAAAUACGUUGAUCAAUAUGUACUCAAAACAUGGCAAAUUCGAAGCCGCUCGCUACGUGUUCGAUGAAAUGCCUCAGAGAAACGAAGCUACAUGGAAUACCAUGAUCUCUGCUUUAGUUCGAGUUUCAUUGUACUCAGACGCCUUUCUUUUGUUAAGUCAAAUGCGUGCUCAAGGAUUUGAGACAAGUGGCUUCGUUAUUGCUAGUUUAUUAACCGGAUGCACUGGUUCAGGCUUUAUGCUACAUCACGGAUUUCAAAUCCAUGGUUUAAUUCUGAAAAACGGUUUAUUAUAUAAUGUGUAUGCAGGAACAGCCCUUCUAAACUUUUAUACUUCAUAUGGAUUCCAUUCCAGUGCUCAUAGUCUCUUUGACAAGAUGCCAGAAAAGAACGUGGUAUCUUGGACUUCAUUGAUGGUUGGCUACUCUGAUAAUGGAAAUCCCAUGGAGGUCAUAAACUUAUACCACAAAAUGAAGCAUGAAGAUGUCAAAUGUAACCAGAACACAUUCACCACUGUGAUUACUUCUUGUGGGUGUUUGGAAAACGAGUCAUUGGGUCUUCAAGUUCUUGGACAUGUCAUAAAAUGUGGAUUCGAAUAUGAUCUUUCAGUGUCCAAUUCUCUUAUAUCCAUGUUUGGUAAUAUUGGUAGCAUACAAGACGCCUGCUAUGUGUUCAAUCAAAUGAUUACACGUGACACUAUUUCAUGGAAUUCCAUGAUUUCUGCAUAUGCACGCAAUCAUUCAUUCAAAGAUUCCUUUCAAUGCUUUAAGUUCAUGCGUCAUCUCCGUGAAGAUCUUGAUCCAAUUACACUUUCUGCACUGUUAUCAGUAUGUAGCUCCAUGGACAAUCUCCUCUAUGGUGCUGCUGUUCAUGGUUUGGUCCACAAACUAGGGUUUGAUAUAAACUUAUCUCUAUGCAAUACCCUUUUGCUUUUUUAUUCAGAAACCGGAAAGCUCAAGGACAUGGUAAAGUUAUUUGAAGAGAUGCCAGAUAAGGAUUUAAUCUCAUGGAAUACAAUAAUAUCUGGUUAUAUUCAAGAAGGGGUGCACCUUGAUGCCUUGAAAGUGUUUGUUAAAAUGCUUCAGAGACAAAGACCUGUAAAUCAUGUGACUUUUUCUAGCGCAUUAUCUGCUUGUUCAAGCCAUAAAUUUUUAGCAGAAGCCCGAAUCCUUCAUGCACUUGUAUUCACAUCUGGUUUCCAUGGAAACCUAAUUGUUGGAAAUGCUUUAGUCACAAUGUAUGGAAAGCAAAAGAUGAUGUGGCAAGCUGAAAAAGUCUUUGAAAGAAUGCCCGAAAAAGACUUGGUGACGUGGAACACUCUGAUUGGAGGAUACACCGAAUGUGAACAACCAAAUCAAACAAUCAAAGCUUUUAACUUUAUGAGAAAACAAAACGAACCCAUUAACUACAUAACCUUGAUUCAAGUUCUUAGUUCUUGUGUUACCCCAAAUCAACUUUUCAGCCAUGGGAAACCGUUACAUGGGUAUGUGAUUCUUUCUGGUUUUGAUUCGGAUGAUUAUGUGAAAAAUUCCCUUAUUACAAUGUAUGGAAAGUGUAAUGAUUUGGAUUCAAGUACACGUAUUUUUAAUGGAUUUGUUAACAAAGAUUUCGUUUCUUGGAAUGCGUUUCUUGCUGCAAAUGCUCAUGGACAUGGAGAAGACGUUUUAAAAAGAUUCUCAGAGAUGAAGAAAAAUGGAAUCCAUUUGGAUCAGUUUACUUUCUCUUCGGCUCUUUCUGCUGCUUCUAACUUGUCUGCUCUUGAAGAAGGUCAACAGAUUCACGGUUUGACUUUUAAAUCCGGGUUUGACUCGCAUCAAUAUGUUACGACAGCUGUCACGGAUAUGUAUGGAAAAUGUGGCGAGAUUAAUGAAGUGAUGGAAAUGCUUCCGGAAGCAAAGAUUCGAGCAAUAGUGUUAUGGAAUAUUCUAAUAUCAUCAUUUGCAAGACAAGGAUUGUUUCAGGAAGCAAUUGAAGCUUUUCAUGAAAUGGUGAAAAUGGGAUUUAAGCCUGAUCAUGUCACUUUUGUUUCUUUGUUAUCAGCAUGUAGUCAUGGAGGUUUAGUGAACGAAGGUCUUGAAUAUUAUUCCUUAAUGACAACGAAAUUUGGAGUUCCUAUUGGUAUAGAACAUUGUGUUUGUAUAAUCGAUCUUCUUGGAAGAUCCGGGAAGCUUCUAGAAGCUGAAAAUUUCAUCAAGAAAAUGCCGGUCCCACCAAAUGACUUUGUGUGGCGAAGCUUGUUAGCUGCUUGUAGAAUCCAUGGAAAUUUAGAAUUGGGAAAACAAGCGUUAAAACAUCUUCUUGAAUCAAAUCCAUUAGAUGAUUCGGCUUUUGUUCUUUACUCAAAUGUAUGUGCAAGUAUUGGGAAAUGGGACUUUGUUCAUGAUGUUAGAUCAGAAAUGGAAUUUGGAAAUGUUAAGAAGAAACCCGCGUGUAGUUGGAUUAAGAUGAAAAGAAAGGUGAGUUCUUUUGCGAUAGGGGAUAAAUCGCACCCUGAAAGUGGAAAGAUAUAUGGAAAACUAGAUGAGAUUAAGAAAAUGGUUAAAGAAAGUGGUUAUGUUUGUGAUAUGAAGUUUGCAUUGCAAGAUAUUGAUGAAGAACAAAAGGAGGAUCAAUUAUGGAAGCAUAGUGAGAGGUUGGCACUUGCAUAUGGAUUGAUUAGUACGCCGGAAGGUUCGGAUUUGCAGAUAUUUAAGAAUCUUCGUGUUUGUGGUGAUUGUCAUGAGGUGUUUAAGUUUGUAAGUGAGAUUGUGAGGCGGAAAAUUAUACUUAGAGAUCCUUUUAGGUUUCAUCAUUUUAGAGAUGGGAAGUGUUCUUGUGGUGACUAUUGGUAG